CUAGCAAGUAUCCCGAGCCAAGAUGGGCAAUCGUACAAGGAGAAAGAUCGUCCCGUCCAGCAGCGCGCUGCCGGACGAGAUCAUGACGGAGGUGCUUCUGCGGCUGCCGAUCAAGUCCCUGCUCCGCUUCCGCGCCGUGUGCCGCUCCUGGGCAGCGAACGUCUCCAGCGACGAGUUCUGCACGCUCCACGCGGCCAAGGCCGACGCCGACGCCGCGUCGGCUCCACCCAGGCUGCUCUUCGUCGCGCCCACCGCGGGAUACAAUUCCACGGCGGUCUAUUCCUGCUCGCCGUCGGGCCCCAGCGCGGACGUGCUCCUCACCCUCGACGAUGUGCGGGGCAACUUCGUCGGCCCGGUGGCCGCGCAGUGCCGGGGCCUCAGCCUCCUGUACGACGCCGUUCCGCCGGCCUACUACGUGCUCAACGCUGCCACCAGGGCGGUCACGCGGCUCCCUCCUUGCCCCGACGCGCCGAGAUCCAGCGCCGGACUGGGGUUUGAUCCGCGGACCGAGGAGUACAAGGUUGUCAGGCUGUUCACGCAGUCAUGCUACGACAAGCAGCUUAGGGACAGCAGGCUCCUUACCAAAUGCGAGACAUACACUCUUGGAGUUGGAGGCAGGUGUGGUGACCAGUGGACGCCUGCUGCCGGAGGAGUGCCGUCCUCCCGAGCUGCUCAAGCUGCCCUUGCAAAUGCUGAUCUCGACAAGCUGCCCCCGGUGUUCGUGGAUGGUUUUCUCCACUGGCUUAUGCUUCCGCUGGUUCAGAAAACCAUGUCCACCAUCAUGUCCUUCUCCAUCACAGAGGAGGCUUUCGGAUGGGUCCAGCCGCCGCCCUUCAUAACGUCUAGAAAUUCACACUUGGUGGAGCUUGACGGCCACCUAUGCAUGGCCCGCGACCUUCGUGCCGAUUCACCUAGCAUACUGGAGAUAUGGAAGCUGCUGCGGGGCUCUACCUCUGGCGACUGGUCCCUGGAUUAUCGCAUCGAUUUGUCGGCGCAGACAACAAGAGAGGUUCUUAUCGAGCUUGAAGCAAUUCGUAUUGAGCCUCAGGUUGUCAGAGUCCUUGGUGUUACGGGCAAUGAUAGAUCGGGGAAGAAGAUCAUCAUCGGCACGGCGCAACACGAGGUGCAUGCCUGGGAUGCCACGUCCGGAACCACCGAAACCAUUUUCUCGGUCGAGGAUACAAACCUAGGCUAUCAAGCCGAGUCUUCUUCCCUCCAUCUCUGCUUAUUCAAGGAAAGUCUUGCUCCGGUCCAUAGAACAAAUGAGGAGACGUCAUGGUCAUCUCCCGUGGGUAAGGCUGUCAAGGAGAUCUUGCUCCGGCUCCCUGCUAAAUCUGUCACACGGUUCAAAACUGUCUGCACCCAGUGGCGCAGACUGGUUGAGGGCAAGGUCUUUACGCGCUCAUACUUGGAAACGCAUAAGAAAAUGGACAAGCAGGGGGCAAAGAUCAUGCUCGUGGGCAAGGGCACCCAACAGGCACCCUUCCGGUUCACUCCGCUCAAGAAAUGGCUUUCCGAGGGAUCCAGCUCUAGUGAAGGUGCAAGACUGGAGACCAAGGUGGUUUGCUCCAAGCCUUGCCAUGGCUUGAACCUUGUAAGCACUGCAGAAGAAGACUAUCUUUACAACCCUUGCACAGGUUACUGCUACAAGAUCCCUUCCGACCCAGGGUCAUCUGUGCGUACACCAUGGGAAAGGCCCGAUGAUGGUUGUGCUGGUAUACAACAAAACUCCGCCUUCUCAAUAGGUAAUAAGAACAUUGGCUUGGGUUUCAGUCCGUUGAAUCAGGAGCAUAUAGCUAUAAUCAUUCGUUAUAAGCAUAAGGACUUAAGAUCUCGCAAUUAUCGCUUGACAUGCUCGGUAUGGCAGCGAUGUAGUUGGUACCAAUAUAGUAUCUCCAACCCGCCACUUCCAGUGAAUGACAUGCCACCGGCCUAUGUGGCUGGGGUAUUUUACUGGAUGGGCGAUCCUUUGCUGGGUCCGAUCAAUGAACAGGUCAUAGUGGCGUUUGACAUUGCCAGAAAUGAAUAUGACACCAUCCCCUGCCCCUCACACAUUGCAAGAUGGUGCAGCAAUGGCCGUCGGCAUGGCUUUGUGACAGAGCUUCAGGGAACGUUGUGUGUUGUUCUUGCAGAUUCGAUGGAGGAUGAGUUACAGAUAUGGAAGCAGGAGCAUGAUCGGUGGGACAGAGCAUACACCAUAUGUUUGAAAGCAUGGCCCGACUACUCUCUUGUGUCGAAUGUCGUGGUUCCGUUGUCCAUUGAUUCCAAGGAUGGCAGGAUAAUGUUGAGCACCGGAAGGAAGGUUGGUCUCUACGAUCCAAUUGGUAAAACACUUGAGAGGUUGUGCGCAGUAGACGGGAUGCCUCGUUGCACCGGUAAAAGGAGGGAACUUCCUAGAGCUUCGGAAGGAUUGCAACGACCAAGCAAAAGGCCACGCUCGGGCCACAACAUACAUGGAUGCAUGGAAUCGGUAACGGGACAAGACAUACUCCAGGCUUCCUCUUUGAAGAAAUGCAGCAACAAUAUGUCUAUGGAGAAGCUAAAUGCAGAAAUCCCUAGUGCAAUUAUGUCUGCAGUUCCGCUGUUAUACGAGGAGAGCCUAACGAGUUAUCCGCGUGUGCUCAAAAAGAGGUUGUUAGACUGAUGUGGACAUCCUAUCAGAAAGGGAAUGAAAGAUAUCAUGUCAUAUCUAAGGGAAUGAAGGCUACCAUGUCAUAUCUAUAUUCAGACUAACAAUGCUAUGUGAAGUAAUGAUGAGUUGUCAACUUGUUAUAUACUGUAUUCAGCUAAAGUGUAUUGAAAGAUAACCUUCACUAGGUGAUUAAAGGGAACAAAUGUUAUCAUUAUUUGUAUAACAAAGUGUGGAAGAUGACAAAUAAAGUUUCUCGCCAAACAAAAA